GGGCGGGCGCAGCGCCGGGGCGGGCGGGGCUCCCCGGUUUUCCCCGGUUCUCCCGGCGGUGCCGAGGCGCGAUGUGGGGGCCGGAGGCGCCGGCCGGCCCCGGCUCGCCGGACUGCCCCGACCUGCUGCAGCACGUCCAGGCGCUGCGCUCGCCGGCCACCCCGCUUUACCUCAGCUUCUUCGAGGAGGAAUGUCGCGCCAUCGCCACCCGCCUGCGCCUCGGGGCGGCCUCGGAGCCCUCGCCGGGCCUGGGGGAGCUCAGCGCGCUGCAGCCCGAGCCCGCCGGACCCGCCACCUCCACGCCGCUGCCCACCCCCAGCCACGGGCGGGUCCCGGAGUUGAGCGUGGGCGAUUGCGAGGCCGCUGCCGCCCCUUCCCCCGGCCCGGCCCCGGCCCCAAGGGAGCCCGGGUGCCUCCCGCAGCCCGCGGCCGGCGGUGCCGCCAGCGCCCGCCCCGCUCAGUCGCGGCGGGUGCGGCGCGGGCCCGGACAGCCCUCCGGCGGCGGCCCCGGCACCCCUGCCCGCUCCCCGGGCCGCGGCCGCGCCGGGCUCGCUGUGCUCCGCACACGGGCCUCGCUGGGGCUGCAGCUCCCCGCGGCCGGCACAGGGCGCGGCGCCUGGGAAACGCGGCUGCUCCGGCCCCCAGGGAGCAGGCUGAAGCUGACAUCGCCCGCCAGGUCCAGGCUUCAACAUGCCGGCGGGACUUCGCAGCAGAAACAGCCUUCCAGUCUUCCCAAACCCGCCCCCCGGGACAGAGGGAUGAAGAGUAAUUCUGCACUUGCCGGUUGCCUCACUCGAAGCAGAGAAGCACCUGCUGUCAAGGCUGGGAGUGGUAAACAGCCCUCCUCAAGGCUCUCUACAGCAAUUCCUACCGUGGCUUCCCGCUCCUUACUGCGGCCUCCUGGAAAAGUGCUUUCAUCCAAGCGUUUUGGCCUGAAUAAAGGAUCAACUACGCAGGAGCUGGUGUGCAAUAGGACCCAAGAGCUGAAGGAAAAUGGUGAGAGCCAAGAAAGGCUGGUUGCAGCAAGGAAUGUCUUGGGAGCAGGUAAAACUGACCAGACAUGGGUGUGUGGGGAGUCCUCUUUGUCCAGUGAGUUGGCCCCUGGCCUGACUUCAGGGUGUGAAGAUGCAGUCCCUGCUGGGCAGUCUGCAGGUGAUCAGCUGUCCCAGGAACUGGAGCGUGUGAAGAAAGAGCUGGAGCAAGUGAAGGCUGAGCUUGCUGACAAGACUGCGCAGUGUGAAGCCUAUCAGCAGACAAUCUCCUCCCUGCAGGCUCAGCUCAGAACAGCAGGAAUAUGUCUGAAAGAUUCAGCAGUGUUCGACAGUGGUGACCUGGGGAGAGACUGACAGCUGGGACUUGGGGACAGACAACAGCCAUUGUCUGGCUGUGUGAGCCUCUAGGCCAGUGAAAUAUAUGAAGCUCUUGAAUGAAUUAAUUUUCUAUCUCCUUGUAUGUAAAAUAAAGGUGUCUUUUGCA